AUGGCAGCCACGUUUGAAGAUGGUGUGAGCUCUAUGGCCUUAUUGCAACAGCGUACUCUGCCAUGGCUGCGAUAUAGGCUCCGAGACCUAACAAAAUCCCUGUUCAUUUUGCUCUCCGUUCUUUGGCUUUAUAAUACUUUGUCCCUCCGCAGCAACAUUCCACAGCUAAACAAUGAUCGGUGCAUAACGAAGCACAUCAUUCUGGGUGACAGCCUAGCCCGACCAGACUGGGUAAAGCCGAACAAGGAAAGCAUUAUUCCGCGGAAGAUUUGGCAGAUUAUUCUAUCUAGAGACGGCACAAAAAAAACUUCUAUGUCACCCACCAAGUUGAAAGGGAUAGUAAUGUAG